AUGCUUAUAACGCGUUAUGUGAAGUGAAGAGCAGACACAGCGCCACUGCUGGAGGAAUCAUGAUUAUUCGGCAACACUGAGAAUUAUUUUUGAAGCUUCAUUCGUCCGUAAUUUCAUUAGACUUUUGUGUGCAAAGCCUUUUGAACCGCAGAUGGAAUAUAAUCCUUUAAUGGCUCCUCCGGUUCCGCCGCAUAAACCGAACUGCAGCCGGACUUCGGGCUCUCAGGAGCGGCUGCUGAAGUGUGUGCUGCUCGGUGAUGGAGCUGUGGGCAAAACCAGCCUGGUGGUGUCCUACACGACCAACGGAUACCCCACCAGAUACGUCCCUACAGCCUUCGACAACUUCUCCGCUGUAGUACAAGUUGAUGGACAGCCACUGAGACUGCAACUUUGCGACACUGCUGGACAGGAUGAGUUUGAUAAACUCAGGCACUUCUGCUACUCACGCACAGAUGUGCUGCUCCUCUGCUUCAGUGUGGUUAGUCCCGCUUCCUUUCAGAACGUGGGUGAAAAAUGGGUGCCCGAGAUCCGGCGGCGGUGUCCACUCACCCCCGUCCUGCUGGUGGGGACACAAUGUGACCUGCGUGAGGAUGUGAAGGUGCUGAUCGAGCUAGCGAGGCGGCGUGAACGGCCCGUACCUGAGCAGGACGCCCGCGCCCUUGCUGACAAGAUUGGCGCUGUUACAUAUGUCGAAUGCUCAGCUCUGACACAGAAAAACUUAAAAGAGGUGUUUGAUGCCGCCAUCUCUGCCGGUCUGCGGCAGUCUGAGAGACGUGUCAGGCGGGAACGCAAGGUUCUUAGCACAGCUGAUAAGAUGAAGAUGCUCUCUAAGGCCUGGUGGAAGAAAUAUGUAUGCAUCCAAUAACACGAGCCAAGUUUUGAGUCAUCGACGCACAUGGACAAAGUGACAAAAAACCUUGACUCAUUCAGUGCCUCAAGCAAAUGGCUUGAUCAGGAGUGUGUUUGUGUGAGUGAGUGAGUGUGUGUGUGUGUGUGUCAGUGAGAUAUUUUCACUGAAGUGUGGGCUGAAGUAUGACUCGUAUUGGCCGUGGCUAUCAAGUCUCAGCUAUAAGCUGCUUUAAUAGUUACAGCUAUCUCAGCAACUCCGAACUCUGAGCUCUCUGGCCAGAUCCAAGAAUAAGUUAACUGGAAGCUGAAGAGUGUCGAUCUCUUAAAAGAGAAACAAGAAAAAGCGUACACUUCACUUUUUGUCAGACACUACUAUUGAAAAGUUUGGAAUCACUUGGAAUCAAUUACACUUUAUUCUUCGUUGAUAAUUGUAUGUGCUAAAAUACAUGUUUCAUGUAAAUCUAAAUAAUGUAGAUCAGAUGUUAAUUACGUUACAUUAGUUUGAUUGAAAAUAGUAAUUAAAUAAUGAUUCAUAAUUACUGGCUAUCAUGGCUAGGCAACAUGGCAAGAAUGUGUCAUAAUGAAAUACUUCUAGACAUAACAAUAAAAAAAAAAAUUGUAACAUCCUUAAAAUGUUUUUUAAAAACUAUUUAGCAAAAAUAUUCAACAAACUACGAAACUAAAAAAUGUGUAAUCCAGGUGGUUGCCUGGAGAAAUUACAAAAUAGGACAAUAUUAUAAAAUCACCAUAAUGCAUCAAAUAUUCUCAGGAAAGGGUAUUACAAUAAGUUUUAUUACAAUAGAGACACCCUGAUGUCGUAUCUCCUUUCCUUAAUAUGAUUUGCUGUCUAAAUGUCAGGAUUUCCACAUGGCCAUAUUAUACAUUCAUUAUUCUUCAUAUGAAUUUUUAUUAUGACUGUGGUCAAUUUUUCAUAAAUGAUUUAUCCAUAGGGCUGACGCCAUAUAUGAAUCGAUGUAUAGUUGUGUCUGUGGUGAUUUCAAACUUUUGAAUUGUAAUGUAGAGCAUAUAGUGUGUGCAAGAUUAUAUUUAUGUAUGUGAAAUGUUAAGCAAAUGUUAUAAAUUUAGUUUUUAUUUUACAACCGCAGUUAUUUGCUCAACACUGGAUCUUGAAGCUGUUGACAUGUUUGUUUGUUUCUUUACUCUUUUAUUCAGUAUGAAAUGCUUCCAAUCUUAUUUAGUGCCCAUCUUUGAGUACAUACACCAUGAUGUCACCUUUGAUUUUGACAGCUGUUACUGUUGAUGGCCACCCAUUUAAGACUUCUGGGUGUUAAGUUAUUGAGUGUAAAGAAUAUGUUAAAUUUUAGUCACCUCAUCAGUGUAUUUGAGUAUAGCAUUCAGUAAUGAUGGGAGCAUAUUUAUGGCGAACUAAAGCUUUCAGUCUCGUUCCGAUGUCAAAGGAGAUUUAUCGAGUUUUAUUGCAUUUUAUACUUAUUGUUCACUAAAUCAUUGGAGACGAUUCAUUUGACUAGCACAGUGUGUGACCCUGUGUGUGGUGGUUCCAUCACCUCGGUUUUAUGGUCGUAUGUAGUGUAGUGUUCUUGGGUGUUUUAUUGGUUAACACGCUGGCUUUAACAUUUGUUAUUGUGGUACAAUAGGCAUUAAUUCACGCCGUGUUAAUGUGACGUGUGACAGGCCUGAAUAAGCAGUUCCCAGGUUGCAUUUUCUCCAUGUAAUUGUGUUGGUUAGCCGAUAAGUGGGACGUAUUUGCUUCUCAUUAUUCAGAAGCCUUUUUAUUCCUCUUUCAGACAUUUGAAGACCUUUGGAAAUUAACUAUAACUAUAAAACUGUACAACAAAGGUUGAUCAAACAUUAAAUGACAUUUACUGCGCUUAGUGUGUACAGCAUACAUGUUGGUGCCAUAUCUUUAUCCGGGUACAUUCAUGUAGAGUUAUACAUUUUUAUAACUGUAUGUAAUUAUCUUUGUUACUGUAUGACCAUCCACUAUGGUACACAUCUCAGUUAUGGAUUAUUAUGCCAAAUAAACUUGCUUCUUUGAAGUAAAAUUAAAAA